GAAAACUCAAUUACAUUGCUGACAUACCUACUAAAUAUGUUAUCAAAACGUAAUUUUUUAAUAUUUUAAUUAUAACUAUAAAUAUUAAUUUUAAUCAAUUUAUUUUGUUAAUAUCUAAAAAUUUAAAUGAUUGCAUUAACAAACAAUUUCGGAAUAUGAUAUAAUUUUCAACGGAAAAUUGUGCGGAUAUAUUAUAAUAUGGCAGAAGUAGACAGUCGAUACAUUGCCUUUGAGAAUGAUCAUACGUAUUUGAAAACCACCAACAAUUGUGAAGUUAAUUCUACACAAAUUAUUUUAUUUUAUAGAUCAGAUAUUAACUCACCGCCUUUUAUUAAUGUAUCUGAUGAUAAAAUAAAAUCCUAUAAAAAAGUUGUUGAUGGAAGUCAAUUUUCAAUUUCUCAAGCAAUUAACAUGCUAAGUGGGCCCAAUUCAAAGAUUUUUUUUCUUCCAGCUGCAGUUCCUACAAACUCAUCAGUUCCUUCAUUUGUUUUUUCACCAGGAAAUAACAUAUGCAGCUCUACACCCAAUGAAAAAAAAAGUACUGAAAAAUGUAUUUUACCAAAAAUACCAAAUUCUGUUGGUCUGACACAAGUUAAAAAUUCUAAAAUAUUAUUUAUUCCAUCUACAGCAUCAUCAUUAAAUUUAGGAAUCCAAAAUAUUUUGAAACCUAUUCCUUCCAAGUUACUUAUACCAAAAACAAAUGAACCAAUUAUUCAUUCUACUCAAAACAAAAAAGAAAACAAAGAUACUAAUAAAGGAGUUCGCAGAAUAAAACUAUCAUCCAAUUCUAUCAAACGAAUACAGAAUGGAGAAAAAUUAUUUAUGUGUUUAGAUUGUGAUAAAAUAUAUUUUGAUCAUAAUAAAUUAUUAGAUCACCAAAAAACUCAUAAACAAUUAGAACAAGUUGAUAUAAUGGAGAUAAAAAAAAAAAAAUUAAUUAGUCAAAAGAAACAACCUACAGAUAGAAAAGAAAAAGAAAAUAGUGAUGACUGUAACAUUGAAUAUGAGUUCUCUGACACGUUGUUUUGUAAUUCCCCUGUUAACAUUAAAAAACAAAAAAGUGUAUUUAAAGGUGAAUGUAUUAUGUGUCAUUCAAUAUUUCCUGAUUUAGGUAAACAUAUUCAAACUUUCCACCAAAAUGAUUUAGAAAAAAGUAGUUCUUUCCAAUGUCUCAAAUGUGAAUUAAAAUUUGAUAUUGAAGAACAUUUACAAGUGCAUGAAUUAUCCAUGCAUAAAUAUAGUAAUAUAUAUACUUGCGAACAUUGUUUUAAAGAUUUUUCAUUUAAAAAAGAUCUUGAGAUUCAUAUGGAGUCACAUAAUGUUUACAAUAAUAUGAAAUACUUAUGUCCUUAUUGUGAUGCUGGUUUCUCACAAUCUAUUGGUCUACGAAGUCAUUUAAAAAAACAUAUUGGUAACAAUAUCGAAAAACCUGUCUUUUUUACUUCUUCGAACCAAGUUGAAAACAGCCCAACUCGUCCUGAGCAUUUAGAUCAAUUGUUUGCUGAACUAGAUAAUAUAUCUGAUAAUGUUAAUGGAGUUGUUGUUGAACAAGUAACAUCUAAUAACUAUUGUGUUAGAUUUGUUGAUAAUGAAUCAGAUAACUAUAAAAUACAAAAACCUGAAUUACUUGAUCAAAGUAUAAAAAACGAAGUAGACCUUACUGAGUUGCCUUUACCAAACAAAGAUUAUGAAAAUAAGGAUCAGUCAACAAAUUCAUCGAGAAAACGUGUUAGCUAUACUGUAUGCAGAAUAUGUUUAGUUAUUGUUAGCUAUUCAAGAAUUGGUCGUCAUAUGAGAAAAAAGCAUAAUAAUGCUGCACCUUACCAAUGUGAAAUAUGUCAUACAGAUUUUAACCGUAAACAUCUCAUGGAUGAUCAUAGGCGGAAACAUACUAACAAUAAACCUCAUAAAUGUUUUGAAUGCAAUAAAUGUUUUGCCUAUAAACAUCACCGUAAUCGUCACAUGAUGAUAGUUCAUAAUGCCGAUACAUUGGAUAAACCAUUCAAAUGUCCUAUGUGUGAUAAAGCAUUUUCUUUUAAAGAAUAUUUGACACUCCACGUGAAUAGUCGCCAUAAAGGUAAGCGUUACAUGUGUCAAAUAUGUGGCAAAAGUUUUCCUACAAAUGCUGGCCUUAACAAACAUCAACUAUGUCAUACUGAUGAAAGACCAUUUAUGUGUGAACAAUGUGGACGGACAUUUAAAUGCAAAACUCAUUGUGAUACUCAUAAGAAGAAUAUGCAUCCAGGUGAUUCUCAAUUAUCAACCUUACCUGAAAAGUUUGAAUGUGAGUUGUGUAACAAGACAUUUACGACAAAAAUGUAUAGAGAUAUGCAUUUCAAGCGGCAUAAUGGUCAAGGUCACCAAUGUAGUAUAUGUUUCAAAUUAUUUGUUUCAAAAGCUCAUUUGCAGAGGCAUAUAAAAUUAAUGCAUUAAAUUUGAUAAGGUUUGCAAUGUAGUUGUUUUUUUUUUUUUUUUUUUUUUUGUGAUAAUAUAUUGUUAUAUUGAUAA